AAAAAAUCUACGUAACUCUCCCAUUAAGUAGAACUCUCUCUAGAAACUGAUAUUGGGAAUAAAAAUCAAAUACAAAGAAUUAAAACAACGUGGUGUGUUACAGUCAGGUGGUCAUUUCCUUGUACCUAGGCACAUUAAAUUGCUGCUUGGGUGUUUUUUAAUCAUCCUUACUUCUUUAGAUCUGCCCCUCCUUUUUCUUCUUAUUUCCUCAUCAGCUGUGGACCUUCCCUCAGCGAUGUCUAAACUUGUCAAAUCCUGCUGACUCUUCAUCCUGCUCAGCCUUAUUUCAGUUAUUGGAAGUGGAACUGCAAGUGCGACUUUUUCAACAUUUGAAGCAGUCUCUUUGACUCCAGCCAUGCUCUCCUCCUCAGCUCCUCUCUACCUGAGCCUCCUCCUCUUCCUCUCCCAACACUCUCCUGUUCUGUCCUGUCGGACUGGGACCUCGAGCGAGUGUGACUCGGCUCCCUUUGUACCAAGUCACAACCUGGUGGGGGAGGGCUUUGAUGUGGUCAAAUGGCAGAGAAAAGGAGCCUACGUGGUUGAUGUGAAAACUUACAAGACCCCAGAUGGCAACUGCACACUCUGCUCCAACCCUCUUCAAGGCUACAAGCUGCAGAAACUGCCAGUUUCUGCAGUGGACUGGCGUCCAUUCAGCCGAUGUCAUGCUGUUUUCAGCAGCAGUGCACACACUUCUACUAGCUCACUGGUUGAGAAAUGCACCUCCGAGGAAAGUGAUGACUGGAAGAAUGGCCUAAAUUUAGGUAAAAUUGCCUCUUUGGUGGUGGGAGGAACUCGCUCCAGAGCGUAUAACUUUGCAUCACAGAAGACCAGAGAGGACCGCUACACCUUCAGCACACACGGUGUCUCCUGCGAGCAUUAUCGUUACCGUGUUUCUACCAAGCCACCCAUCAGCUCUGAGUUCAGGAAGGAUUUGGCCAGACUGCCAAGUGUUUACGACGACUCCACCAGGGCUGAGUACCGUCUGCUCAUACAAACAUACGGCACUCACUACAUCCGCCAGGUCUACCUCGGGGGGCGACUCAGGCGAGUGACGGCUUCACGGACCUGCUUGUCUUCACUGAACGGACUCUCCACAAGUGAUGUUCACUCCUGUUUGUCGUUGGGUGUCUCUGUCGGCCUCGGAAAGUUGAAACUAUCCGAUGUCCGAGGGUCUUGCCACAAGGUCAUACAGAACAACGAUGUCGCCACCAGCUACAGUUCUGGUCUUCACCAGCACUACACAGAGGUGUCUGGAGGUGAUGGUUGGGUGGGGGAGUUUGCACUCACCCGUGAUGACUCCGGACGCUACAUGACUUGGCUGAACUCCCUCAAGGAUCACCCAGAUGUUGUUUCAUACUCCCUUCGGCCACUGUAUGAGCUGCUAGACAAUGAGACACAGAGAGCAGGAAUGAAAGCUGACAUAGAGAAGUACUUAGAGGACAAUGCUGAGGAUAAACAUUCAUUGGCCUUAUACAGCAUUCUUGCCAAACACUGUCCUCCAAAGACCUGGAGGGGAUCACUGGCGGUGACCAUCAUCCAAGCCUGGGAUCUGUACGGAGAUUAUGCUGGUCCUACCGACAGCUUUGUUAAGAUGUGGUUCGGUUCCAUCUAUCACAGGACUCAUAUGAUCGAGUCAAACGACCCCCAGUGGAACGCUUAUUUUGAUCUGGGCAAGGUGGACACUCACACAACUUUGUAUUUUGAGCUUUGGGAUGAGGACCUACAGUAUGAUGACCUGCUGAUAAGUUGUAGUACGAGGGUGGUCCAAGGGACGCACAGUUUCACCUGCUCGGCCAACGGAGGAGGCUUCAAGUUCAAGUACACUCUGACCUGUGACUCUCAUCUGACUGGAGACCACUGCCACCGUUAUAAACCGUCUCCAAAGUAGUAAACACCGCUCGUUGAUCUUUAAUCAGAUCUGUUGAUCUGCUCCUGUGAAAGGGCGCACAACGCUGAUGAGCUUAUGCAUUUAUUUCCCUGCCAUCGAGGUGUAUUAAUGAUUGGUUAAGAUGUAACAUUCUCUUUGAUUUACCAAAUUUUUCAAAGGUUUAGUCAGUUUUCAUUCAAUCAUUAAUCAAUGAUGUUCACAUAUCUUUUUGUUUUUUAACAGAUGAUUCUGAAAAGUAUUUUUGAAAUGGUAAACUGUAAAAGCUCCCAGGAACCAGCUGUCAAAUAAUCUUUGACCUUCUCAGGCAAAUAUAAACUUGUGUUUCGUGUCCGUUACAGAUUUUCAACAUCCUGUCUUUUUUUUCUUUUUUUUAAUUGAUUCUAUUAGUUGUACAGUGGCUCGGUGGUUAGCACCAUCACCUCACAGCUAGAACUUCCCUGGUACGUCCCCUGGCACGUUUCUGUGUGGAGUUUGCAUGUUCUCCCCGUACAUACGUUGGUUUUCUCUUGUUUCCUCCCUCAAUCCAAAAACAUGCUGAGGAUAUUUGUGUUUUGCGAGUGUGAUUGUUUGUCUCUAAGUGUAUUCCUGUGAUAGACCGGUGUCCUGUCCAGGUGUCCCCUGCCUUCAUCCUCAGUCAUCUGGGAUAGACUCCAGCCCCUAUGACCCUAAUCUAAUGAGGGUUAAGCGGUGUAUAGAUAAUGGAUACUUUAUAUUGUUUAGGAUAAUGUUUUGUGUAUUAAAAACUCUUCAUGUACAUGAACAGACAAACUUCAGAAAACAGGAGUGUAUGAUUUUUGCUCUGGCCUACAUCUUCUUUGACCUAUAUUUGUUUAUAUUUUUUUGUUUUCUUUAAAUUAAGUCUGCCAAGUUCCGUGUUUCCUACUGGAUGUACUGACAACUAGGACUAGUUUUCAGUAAACUAAAAACACGUGUGUCACGUUUGUUUGCUGGCACAAAUUGCUGCAGUUGAGCACAGAGAGCUUUUCAGGAGCCAAAAUGCCUUUGCUGCUGCAGUAGUUGAUCAAACUGAAAAGCGGCCAAACCUCAACAAUAAACCUUUGCUCAA